AGAGCGGAGCGCUCCGGGGUCCGGCGUGGGCCCGCGCCGCCCGCGGAGGAUGAACGGAGGAUAAAUGGUGCCCCAGGCGGACAGCGGCGCCUUCGUGCUCCUCUUCCUGCUGGUGCUCACCGGCACCGAGCCGCUGCGCCCAGGUCCACCACUAGCCCUGGCGAGACUUCUGUCAGAAUUGCGGUGCAACCCAGGCCAAUUUGCUUGUCGCAGUGGUGCCAUCCAGUGUAUCCCCCUCUCCUGGCAAUGUGACGGCAGGGGGACCUGCGAAGAUGAGAGUGACGAGGUUGGCUGUCCAGAUGUGCCUGGGGACCAACGUUCUUAUCAUGGAAAGGAGGCCAUGGAUUCACGGCCCAGUCGUGGAAGAGGAGACACAACUCGCUUCCACACAGUGAAUGUAGCGCAGCCCGUCCGCUUUAGCAGUUUCCUAGGAAAGUGCCCGACGGGUUGGCAUCAUUACGAGGGCACGGCCAGCUGUUACAAGGUCUAUCUAAAUGGGGAGAAUUACUGGGAUGCCGUGCAGACCUGCCAGAGGGUGAAUGGCUCUUUAGUGGCCUUCACGACCGACCAGGAGCUCCGCUUUGUUCUGGCCCAGGAAUGGGACUUACAGGAGAGGACCUUUGGGUGGAAGGACCAACGCAAGUUCUGGGUGGGCUAUCAGUAUGUCAUCACUGGUCGAAACCGGACUUUAGAAGGUCGCUGGGAGGUGGCUCACAAAGGCCCCUCCGAGGUCUUUUUGCCACCAGACCCCAUUUUCGCCUCGGCCGUGCCUGAGAACGACAACGUGCUCUGCGCCCAGCUCCAGUGCUUCCACUUCCCCACCCUGCGGCACCACGACUUGCACAGCUGGUAUGCGGAGAACUGCUACGAGAAGUCCUCCUUCCUCUGCAAAAGAAGCCAGACAUGUGUGGACAUCAAGGACAACAUUGUGGGGGAAGGCCACCACUUCACACCCAAAGGCAACGACCCCUGCCUGAGCUGCACCUGCCACAAUGGGGAGCCAGAGAUGUGCGUGGCCGCGCUGUGCGAGGGGCCCCAGGGCUGCCAGCAGUAUGACAAGGACCCCAAAGAGUGCUGCAAGUUCAUGUGCUUGGAUCCAGACGGCAGCAGCUUGUUUGAUUCCAUGGCAAGUGGGAUGCGCCUCAUCGUCAGCUGCAUCUCCUCCUUCCUCAUCCUGUCCUUGCUGCUCUUCAUGGUCCAUCGGCUGCGUCAGAGACGCCGAGAGCGCAUCGAGUCGUUGAUUGGCGCGAACCUGCAUCAUUUUAACCUGGGCCGGAGGAUCCCAGGCUUCGAUUAUGGCCCUGAUGGCUUCGGGACGGGCCUCACUCCGCUGCAUCUCUCUGACGAUGGAGAAGGCGGAGCCUUUCAUUUCCACGACCCUCCUCCGCCAUACACGGCCUACAAGUACCCGGACAUCCAGCAUCCUGACGACCCCCCGCCACCCUACGAGGCCUCCAUCGACCCCGACAGCGCGCUCUGCGCCACUCCAGAUGGCGUUUGCCCCCAGACGGCUCAGAGCAGUCCGCCCUCCCUAGGAGACAGUGAUGUGUCUCCCCGACUCUCGGAGGGGCCUCUCCCGCCUUUGGUGGGGCCCUCCCCAGCAGAGCUGGAUGACUCGGCUGAUAGCAGCACCCUCCUCGUACCUCCGGACACGCCCCUGAGCGAGAAUAGGCCGGCAGAAACUCUGGGGGGCAGCCGCUCCAGCCUCUGCUCCCUCAAUACCAUUGUCUAAAGGGGCGGCGAGCCAAUAGCCUGCCGGUCAGAAAUCAUCGGAGCAACUGUUUGCACACAACUGGACGAAGAAUCACGGCUCUAGGCGCUGAGCUCUGCCCACUCUCUUCCAGGCUGGCAUCGUCCCCCAUUAUGCCGGGCUUGGCUUUGCCCUCACUGUGCAUUCACCACCGGGUUUAUUGUGUAAAUAGGGAUGGGGGCUGUGUGAGAGGAAGGCCAGAGGGUCCUCAUCAGGGGAUGAAGAGAGGACAGAAAGUCGGGCAGCUUUGGUCCCUGCUCUUGGGUUUGGCUCAUCUUCUUCGGUUAUGGAGGAGGGACAGGGUGACGGGCUCUCGGUGGUAACGAGCUGGCUGAGGCUGGGGGCUGAAAGGGGCGGGGUCUGCCUGCAUCGCUAGCUCCCAUGUAGCGCUUGGAAGUGUCCACAGUUCAGCCACAGGUAGGGCUGGCUGGGGUGUAGUGAUGCUCACAUGUGAGCUUAGGACCGGGAAGGCCCUGGUGGUGAGGGUGUUAGUUGCCAGGUCUCUGUCUCCAUCUUGAAAUGGCAGGAGUGGAAGAAGGGGAUCUGCAGAGGGUUUGCCUUUAGAGGCCUUGGAUGCAGGCCGUAAGUGCGGGGAGUGCUUAGAGAUCUUCUGCCAGGCUUCUAGGCUGGUGAGAGCGGGCACGCUGGGAUGUCGAUGCUUUGGCUUCCUCAGGCUGCUGUCCAGCAUCCCCGAGGUGGGCUGAGCAAGUGGGGCAGAGGAGAGUGCGGCUCUGCUGGCCAGGGACCUCAGUGCAGAGUGAGGAGGGGCCGGCCCGGCCUGGUAGCUGCAUUCAGACCUGCUUGGGUGUGAGAUCAGAAGAAAGGAAAUGGCCCAUUGGGAGUUGGCCUGGUGAUAGAACUGCUUCUCAGACUGUGAACUGGCCUACCGACUUUGGCAGGUGGGCGGGCGGCCUUGCUGUGGGAGGGUCCACAGUGUGAAUCCAGGCUGAUCUGUGCAGAACCUCCAUGCGUGACGUCAUGCCUCUGUGGGGCUCCCCCAGCCUCGGCCGCCAUCUCUGGAAACUGAGGUCCAUCCUCCCACACUCAGCCCUCUCUGCCCUUGAGCCCCUGAGGACCCUGCUUGGGGGAGUUGCUGCCCUUUCUGAUGCCUCUGGAAGAAGAGGCCUUGGAGGCAGCGGGCAGCAGAGAAGGGGAGGACAGGAUCUUUCUUGGAAAUGGCUGGAGUUGCCCCGAGGGGGGAUUUUCGGGGGAUUUUCAGGGGAUGGGAGAGCAGCUGAGAAGAUGCUUGAUUUCUGCUGGUGUAGGCUUCAGUCCACUGGGGAGCUUGGGAGACUCGGUGGGGGGGGGGGCUCCCCCUCCAUUCUCCACUUAAAACUAAGAGCAUCAUGGGGAUGAGCCCCAGGGGUAUUUCUAGGGCCCAGACCUCUCAGCCUUAGCUGUGUGAUCGCUGGUGUCUGUCCCCACCUGCCUCUCCCUCCCCCUUCAGUUCGGUCAGUGGUUUACCUCAUUAGGAACUCUGGGGGGGAUUUGUGGGCAGCUGCUCCCGUCAGGGCAGGGCUGAUGCCUCCCCGGGAGGGGGGUGGGAAGGUUACCCAGGGCUGCGCACGUCAGCAGCUUGUCUUGUGGUUAUUCAGUGUGGGCAAGACACGAGGCCUUCUGUCUCCCAGCGCCCCCGUCCCCACCAGGCCCACUUUGGGAGCCUUGCCCUGCUGAAGGGUUGUUCCUGCUUCCUCAGCCACCACAUGCACGGUGUGGUGUUGGUCGUGAGCAGCUGGUGAAUGGAGCGGGGUUUCUUUGCCCGGUGUGUUGUCGCUCGGCCAGAGACAGACGCAGCCUAUGGACAGCAAACGUUGCCCAAGUAGGAAUAAUAAAGCGGGUGUUGUGCACUUUUGAGCACAUCUAUACAUUUUCUAUACAUUGUAUGUACUGACCGUGUUUCCUUUAGUUUUAUAUGGGUGGUCGAAUGUGUGUGUGGGUGUAGGUGUGUGUGUCUGUGUGUGUGGGUGGGCAUGAUCAUGGUAUGGUUGGGUGCCCACCUGAGGAAGAAAGGCCUGGGAUGGCUCAGGUAGGAGCCUUCUGAGGAGGCUCGGAGAACGUGUUGCUGGGUAAAACCGCACCGGGCAUUCCUUCCUUCAUUUAUUCAUUCAGCCACAUUUCCUUGGGCCAGAACCGGCCGCCUUGUGGGGGCAUUGUUCCAUCUCAGCUCAGUGAUUCAUUUCCUGGCCUGUCACCUCUCAGAAGAGUUAGGGACAGUCCCUGCAGCCCUUCCUUCCUCUUGGGUUCCUCGUCACCUGUGGCUGUUUGUUCUCCUGUUCUGUGGAGGGGGCCCAGUUGCUUUUCUCUUGCGGGCAUGUGCGGACAUGUUUUUAAUUUCUUUUUCUCUGUCUGUGCAAGGAGGGAUGGGUGCCACCUGGGGGCUCCUGCCCUAAGCAGAGCUUGUUAACAGCUGCCCCGGCCCCGUGGCAUGGGGGACCUAAGCAGGGAGAGCAGUGGCAGCUGCUUCUGGGGACUCUUGCUCUUAGAAUCCUUCUUCCCUCCUCUUGCCAAACGGUUGCUGGGGGAAGUGUUAGGUUUUUUUUUUUUUUUUUUAAGAGAAUGAUGGCAUCAUCUAUUUGCACAUUGAAUCCCUCAUUCUGGUUGUUAAUUAAAGACAAAAAAAGCUUUUGGUUGGUGUUUCCGGAAUAUUAUUUGAGGUCUGCUGGGAAAGAGAGAAAGGCCGUGUUUCAGAAUAGGGGAGUGCUCAGCAUCUGCUUACGUGCCUCUCUCAUGUGUUUGUCCUGCGUCACGCGGCCCUCAGACAGAUGGAUUCUUUCUCAUUUUUAAACCUGGAAGACGCUAGGCUCACACUGCGCUAACUGAUCUCCAAGGCCCCUUCCAGAAAUCAGCCCAGACCAAAGCGGAAGGAAAGUCACUAGUUAGCUUGUUUGCUUUCAACUCCAGACCGCUGGGGAACCCUGAGCAGGGAAGCCACGGUGGUCUGUCCGAGUUAGCCUGAGGCUGCGCCUCCCCUGAGAGAGGCCUGCCCCUGGCUGGCUCCAGAGCCAUCCCCCAUGUAACUGAGGGCCUGCAGUUAGAGCCUAGGCCAGCGCAGUGCCUGAGAGCCAGGCACACGGAGCUGCUGUGCACCAGGGCUGGAGCUGAGACGCAUUUCUACACAUUGGAGUAUUGUAGGUAGUAAAUCUCCCCGUAUGUAGCUCCCCCAACCCCAGCCCAGCCCUGCCUGGGUCAUUUGUAGUUAGAGACUUAUUCCUCACUUCUCUGAACACGAAGCAGUGCCAUUUGAAAACAUUAGGAUCUACACUUUCAGAAAUACUCAGUCAUGGGUGUCCUUAUGUUUUCACUUGAUGAAAUGACUUCUUGUCAGUCACUACCUUGUAUUCUGGUGGCUUCUGCCCCUGGGCAGGCAGUGAGGUCUGGGAUAGUAGAGGUGGCAUUAGAGGACCCCCAUACCCCCAAACACAAAUGCUGUAGCCACAGCCUGAGCCCCGAGGCCUCCUGAGGCCAUGCAAAUGAGUACCUUUCAUUCCAAGCUGAGGCCUGAGGGUCUGGGCACCCAGCCCAACCCUGCCCUGCCCCAUUGUCGUGUUCCUGUCUGCUACCCUGAGCCAUCCAGGGUGUGAAGGCAGGAGAGUGUAUAGGUGAGUGUAUCUCCACAGGACUGCCUGUAGUGGCGCGGCUCUGCCGGGGGAACCCCAAACCCGUCACCUCAGAACUGAUUGGGGGUCCAUGUGGCUUCUGUCUGUGAACAUGUGACCCCACCCCCUUGGAGAGAGCCCCUGGGGUGUUGUUCCCCAUCCUGCCUCCCUUCUCGGAGCGAGGACUAGAUUCUGCUCAGAGAAGUCUGUACAACAGCUUCCACAUGGGUCAAGCCUGGGAGUGUGUGCUUUCUGUUCACAGAAAAAGAUGCUUCCACAUUAUGCACUAGGUUAGCAUCCCUCGGGGUCACCAAGAAGCUUGGGCAGGAUGCCCAUUGGCCCUUUUCUCACCCCCCUGAAAAUUGCCACCUUCUCCAAGGAUUUGGGCUCCAGACUUGACUGAGUACCUCACCAGGGGAGGGGAAGUUUGUGUGGUCCAAUAAGGGGUGAGGCUCUUUCUCUCUUCCCCACAUGCCCUGCCUCCAGAGCUCCUACACAAGAUGGAUUCAGUUGUUUGAAGUAGGACCCCCCUCCACUCUCCACCUGCCCUCACGUCAAGCCUCACUUGCUCCCAGGCCCAGACUUUGCCCUUGGGGGGGUGGAGAGUGAGGGGGCCAUGCUGCUCCGCCCUCCCCUCAUGCCCUGACCCCAUGGAGCUGGUGAACUCCGCAGCCCUGGAGGAGGGUUUCUAGUCUUCUCUGAAAGGCCCUGUAAUAGUGGCACUGGGCCGUGUGGACAUCCUGAAGACUUUCUCUCUUGCUUUCACGGAGGUGGGGAGGUUAAUUGUUUGGAUUGUUUUUUGUUGUCCAGUUGGCACUAAUCUUUUUGUCCUCCUCAAGAUGCUGUGAGAACUGUGUCAUCUAAAUGCCAAAUAAAUUUGUGUUCUGGCCACA